AAAUAAAGGAAGAACAGUCAUGUGAAGCCUAUUCACCUCCCACCAUCACUCCUCUUGCACAACAAGGAGACCUUAGUUUGAUUCAACUUAUGCAACAACUAGAAGAGAGUAGAAGGGAGACCAUUGCACAACUAAGGGAAGACAAAAGACAAAGUGAGAUGAUGCUAAGAGAACACAUCCAAAGGUUUGAACUAAGGGAGGAAGAUAGGAGGAGGAGGAGGUCAUCUUCAAGAGACACUUAUGAGGAUUAUGGAGGAAGGAGGAGGUGCCAUUCCCCUCCAAGGAGACAACCACCACCAAUCAAGAUUCCAAA